AUGGUGCUGCCGCCGUACUUCUACAAUGUGCCGGAGAUGGAGGAGAGAAAAUGGAGGGCGUGGUUUGUGCCUUUGAUUGUGUUUUGCAAUGUGAUGGUGAUGAUGGUGGAGAUGUUUGUUAAUGAGUGUCCUGUUCAUGGUGGGGGAAGAAGAAGCUGUGUUGCUGGAUUUCUAGGGCGGUUUUCUUUCCAGCCUAUUAGAGAAAAUCCUCUGCUUGGACCUUCAUCACUCACAUUGGAGAAAGUUGGAGCUCUUCAAUGGGAAAAAAUAGUGCAUCAGCAUCAAUGGUGGAGGCUGCUUGUUUCCAUGUGGUUGCAUGCUGGCCUCAUUCAUUUGCUUGUAGACAUAUUAAGUCUGAUAUUCAUUGGCAUUCGCCUCGAGCAACACUUUGGCUUUGUGAGGAUUGGCACAAUUUAUCUCAUCUCAGGAGUAUAUGGCAAUGUGCUUUCAUCUCUUUUUAUAACAAAAGGCAUCUCAGUUGGACCCUCUGGUGCUCUUUUUGGACUUCUUGGAGCAAUGUUUUCAGAACUCAUCACAAAUUGGACCAUCUAUUCUAACAGAGCUGCAGCUAUAUCAACUCUACUGUUAAUUAUAAUCAUAAAUCUGGUGAUUGGAAUAUUGCCACUAGUGAACAAUUUUGCGCACAUUGGUGGAUUUAUAGCAGGUUUUCUUCUGGGAUUUGUUCUUCUAAUGAGGCCUCAAUUUGGUUGGAUUGAGAGGCACAGUCUUCUUCAAUGCCAAUCCACAUCAAAAUACAAGCUUUAUCAGCUUGUGCUUUGGGUUACAGCAAUCAUUUCUCUUCUUGUUGGGUGAGUUGUUAGUUUUGUGAUACUAUUCAAAGGAGUGGAUGGUGGUGAGGGGUGUCAUUGGUGUAGUUAUAUGAACUGUGUUCCUACAUCAAAAUGGUCCUGCGAGAAUUGAA